CCCGGAGCAGAGCAUGAGGGGAGAAGGGAGCCCAGAAGGGAGCCCAAAAAGCCCCGGCAUCCCUGAAUGGGGAGCGAAGAGGGGGCAGCUUUUGGGAUUGCUGGGACUGCCAGCAGGCUGGGGAGGGCGGGCACCGAGGAGAAGGGGGACCCCCAAUGUAAGCGUGACCCCAGCAGCUGGGACAGGGGCAACCCUGAACAGCAGAGGGGAGGGAGCAGGGACGGGGAAUUCCUGGGAGGCUUUUUCAGGGCUGAAUCUUGGUGUUUGGGAGGUUUUUCUGGAGCCCCGAUGCCCGGUGACUUGUAGAGAUGCACUUGGGCAAAGGGACCUUCAGACUCAAUGUGCUCAUCCUUUGUUUUCCUCAAUCCAGGAUUUCCAUUGCCAACCCCCAUUGAGGCUAUGAGGAAAAUGCCCCAGAACAUGCAAGCAGAGCAGGAGCUGAGCAUGGAGAGCAGGGAGGACAAAUCCCUGCGGCAGAACCUCGUGGCAGAGGCCGUUUUGAGCGGCUCCACGGCGCCGGAACCCAACGGGGAGGAAAAGCCCUGGAGAUGCCGCAUGAGGAGGGGCUGCAAACGCAGAUGGCGGGGAUCUGAGGGGGAAAGAGCCAGCCUGGGCCGGGAAGGCGGCCGGAGAUUGAGCCAGAGCUCAGAGCUGGUGGUCCAUGAGGAGGUUCCUGAUGGGGAGAAGCCCCACAUGUGCGAGGAGUGUGGGAAGAGCUUCAGAUGGAGCUCCAAUCUGAUCAUCCACCAGAGGAGCCACACUGGGGAACGGCCCUACGAGUGUGAUCAGUGCAGGAAGAGGUUUCAGAGCAGCUCAAAUCUCCUCCUGCACCAGCGCACGCACACAGAGGAGAGGCCCUUCCGCUGCCCCGACUGUGGGCAGGGCUUCAGGCACAACUCCCAUCUUGUCCUGCACCGGCGCAUCCACACUGGGGAGAGGCCCUACGAGUGUGAGGAAUGUGGGAAGAGCUUCAGGCACAGCUCCACCCUGAUGCAGCACCAAAAGAUCCACACUGGGGAGAGGCCCCAUGAGUGUGAGGAAUGUGGGAAGAGCUUCAGGCAGAGCUCCACCCUGAUCCAGCACAAGAGAACCCACACUGGGGAACGGCCCUACGAGUGUGGGGAGUGUGGGAAGAGCUUCAGCCACCGUUCCAGCCUGAUUGUCCACCAAAAGAUCCACACUGGGGAGAGGCCCUACGAAUGUUCCAAGUGUGGGAAGGGGUUUCGGAUCCGCUCCCAUCUCCUCCGGCACUAUCAGAGUCACACAGAGGAGAGGCCCUUCUGCUGCCCCGACUGCGGGAAGGGAUUCAGGCACAACUCCACCCUCGUCACCCACCGGCGCAUCCACACUGGGGAGAGGCCCUACGAGUGUCCCCAGUGUGGGAAGAGCUUCUCCAGCAGCUCUCACUUGACCCAACACCAACGGAGGCACCAAGGAGAGAAGCCCCACAAGUGCGAGGAGUGUGGGAAGAGCUUCAGGUGGAGCUCCCACCUGAUCAUCCACCAGAGGAGCCACACUGGAGAACGGCCCUACGAGUGUGAUCAGUGCAGGAAGAGGUUUCAGAGCAGCUCAAAUCUCCUCAGGCACCAGCGCACGCACACAGAGGAGAGGCCCUUCCGCUGCCCCGACUGCGGGCAGGGCUUCAGGCACAACUGCAGUCUUGUCAGGCACCGGCGCAUCCACACUGGGGAGAGGCCCCACGAGUGUGAGGAAUGUGGGAAGAGCUUCAGCCGGAGCUCCCACCUGAUCCAGCACCAGAGGACCCACACUGGGGAACGGCCCUACGAGUGUGGGGAGUGUGGGAAGAGCUUCAGUCAGCAUUCCAACCUGAUCAUGCACCAAAAGAUCCACUCUGGGGAGAGGCCCUACGAGUGUUCCAGGUGUGGGAAGGGGUUUCGGAUCCGCUCCCAUCUUUUCCGUCACUAUCAGUGUCACACAGAGGAGAGGCCCUUCUGCUGCCCCGACUGCGGGAAGGGAUUCAAGGACAACUCCACCCUCGUCAGGCACCGGCGCAUCCACACUGGGGAGAGGCCCUACGAGUGUCCCCAGUGUGGGAAGAGCUUCUCCAGCAGCUCUCACUUGACCCGACACCAACGGAGGCACCGGUGAGGGAAGCCCUGCGAGUGCCCCGAGUGCGGGAAGAGCUUCGUGCGCUGCUCCAGCUCCAUCCCCCACUGCAGGAGCCACGCUGGGCACAGCCCUGGUGACCCACAUUCCCUGUGAUCCCUGUUGGGAACACACCUGCCUGCUUGUCCUUUUGGUUUGGCUUUAAUUUUUUUCUGUUCUUCCUCUCUUUGCCCUUCAAAAGCCAAAAGGGAUGGAUCUGUCACCUCAAAACCACUCAAAUCCCACUGAAAACAACUGAAUUUUAACCCAUAAAGGCUCAGUCCCUCCUCAAAAAAACUCAAUCCCAUGCCAACCUCACUCACUUCCACAGCCACGAGGGUGAGAUGGGGUUGGAAGGGGAUUGGGAGCAGUGGGAUCCCAAUUGGGAGCGGUGGGAUGGGGAUUGUGUGGGGCUGGCUGGGUGGGAUGUAUUUGACAGCAAAUAAAACUUUCAGAGUUACUGAUUUCUGUCCCAUUCAUUUUCAGUCAGUUCUGUUUGCAGAGUGCCACCUUCUCAGCUGUUUAAUUUGCUAUUAAAAUCCCAUUUUUCAAAUCAUCUAACCCAAACAGUCCAAAAACCAAUAUCCAAAUAACAGCACUACAAUUUAAUUUUAAAAAAUAAUUUGAAAGUACUUAAGGGUGUUAUUAAAGUUUAAUUGUUUGGUUAAAAUGUAGGAGAAAUUCUAGUGGUGCUUGGUUUUGUGUUUAGUAUAUUUACAAUAUGAAUUAUUUUACUAAGGUGUGUUAGAUUGUAUGUUAGUUUUAUCUAAAAUAUAUUAGUUAUUGAGUUAAAACUUUCAACAGGUAUUUCCUGGUAUUCAAUUUGUUUAUUUAUAUUUCUGGAUAAUGGUAUACUAAUAGUUGUUGUUUUAGGUUGACUCAUUAUUGGAGUUAUUUAAGUAAGUGUCAAAAAUAUUAUAUUUCAUUUUUAUUAUAAUUGAUUUCAUUUUAAUUAUAAUUUCUUGAUUUCUUA